UAAAAGAUUAAGAAGAGCAAGAUCAAAAGAUUUUCGCAACAGAAGACUGGGAGAAUGACUGCAGCGCUUUAUAAAGUUCUGUUUAUAAGAAAGAAAGGGCGAAAGAAAAGAUAUCUUUUCGACAAUCACAUUUAAGAAGCGCGGAAGCUUAUGAAAGCAGUUUGGGUUUGGUAUAUAUUCGCCGUGGCGAAUGGCACACGAAAUUAAAUGCGCAAUUUUCUUCUGCCGCUUGUUUGCCUGCUCCAGACUUCGCGUUAAAUGAAUCAUAGCAAGGACGCAUGCCAGCGGUAAACGUGUCGCGUGCGGGCUGACGGAAGGGAUGAGUAAAGUGGAGCACGAUGUGAGAUACAAUUGUCGUGAGAUGACUUGUUGUAAUCGCAUGAAAUUCAGGAAAGUUCAGAGAUGUGUGGGACGUGACAACGUGUAAAUCGCGCGGAUAGUUUGGCGCAUCGUGACGUUUAAUCAAGACGUUCGAGGAAAAUCAGUGUCGCGACGGUAUAGUGGUGGGAGCAUGCGCGCCCGCUCUGUCUCCCUUUCGAGUUGGUUGGCUGUCCUUGUCUCGGAAAACUUUCCUGUGAUGAGCUUUGUUGGUCGUUUCCCCAGCAGGACGGAAAAGUUAAAUGCGAAAGUUUUAUCCGAUAUCCAGUAUCUCCGCGCGCCUGGAAAAAGGUGUCUACACACAUGAUGGCGUUCAAAAAAAGAAGACAGAAUCACUCAAUACAGCAUCUACUCGAGUUACCCUCAAAUCGGGAGUCGAAAUUACCACGAUUUCCUGCGAAGGAGUAUAUCCAACCAACGCCGUCCAUGCCAACCCCUCGCCAAGUUCCUGUAACUGUACUACAUCCCUCUCCAAAAAAGUUAUAUCUGAGCAAAACACGGCAGGCUGCCUUCUCGGCGGAUUUGCAGCAGUCUCUCUCACGAACAGUUAGUCCAACCGCACGCCAGCAAGAGCCGUCCCUUACGAGGCGGGAAUAUCCCCGCCAAAUCAUGAACAAGGUGGACGAUCGAGUCAGGUCUCCGGGAACAUCACGAUGUCUGACCGCUACUACCAUGUCGCUCUCCAUCUCACCUUCUAGCCCUGAAGAACCUGUUACGCUGGUGGAACUGACCAGCGUGCCGGGCGGACAGAAUGCGAUGGCUCAUCUCAAAAAGCGGAAGCUGGAAGCAGAGUCGGUCGCGCAGAAUCCUAAACAGACGCAGCAGUCGUCGCAACAAACGCAGCAGCAGUUGUUGAUCAACAAGAAGGGCCUGCAGACGAACACGCCGCAAGAGAUGGAGUCGGCUGACGCUGCCGCGAAACGGAGGAGAAAAAGCGUUCGCGACGAUGAUGUACGAAAGGCGAUCGACGUAGUUGAUCCUAACAAAAUCAUACCGUUACCUCAGAAGAAACGCGCGUUUACAUCGGGCAACUCGACUAGUCCGGCUAGAAAAUCCAGCAAACACAGUGAGGAAGUACCCGAAGACGACGAGACUCUCAUUAGAGAAACGGAAGCCGCCUUGAAGAGUCUGUCAGGUAGCUGGCCCGGACCCAGAGGAUCUCUCUAUCAAAGAGGCAACUCGGACGAGGAUAGAUACGAGUCGAACUUUGAGAAUCUUUUUGAGGAAAAGAAAGAGAAUCCUAAAUUAUCGCCUUCGUCUGUAUCGACGUCUUCGAGUACGAGUAACGACACCGGCUGUUCGCUGAAAGACGUGAUAAGUUUUCGCGGACAGCAAGACCGAUCGGGUAAGAUGCAGCAGCUAAGUAAGCAACAAGAUUCGAAGCAGCUGCAACACCCGAUUAAAACUAAGAAGGAUUUAGACAAUUUAUUGAAAAUAGAGAACGAAUGCGCGAACAUUCAGUCGCAAGUCAGCAAUACUUCGAGUGAGCCGCAAAAAAUCAGAGCGAUUUCCGUUCGUUCAUUAGCGAGCAAAGAAAGAAACGACAGGAACAUGGUCGGUGCGCAUAUCGAUUCUCAAGGCAGACAAUCGGACAAGUACUCGAGAUAUGAUCCGCCGGAUUUCAACGAGUUGGUCGAUGAUUCGUCCAACGAGCUCGAAAUCGACAUGUCGGAUCCAACUGCCGACAAAGACGAAGGCGAUCGGGACAGAUCGAACGACAGAGAACGGGAUCGAACGUGCAAAAAUGGCCAAUCACCUCAAAGCAUCAGCAGGCAGCAGCAGCAGCAGCAGCAGCAGCAACAGCAGCAUCAUCAGCAGCAACAUCAACCGCUUUACUCAAACUAUCAAAGACAAUAUAACGAUACUAACAUGAAAGUCUCAUCUACGGGGACCUCAUCGACUUCGUCGCCGCCAGCAAACUCUCCAUUUUCGGCAACGUCCGCCUUCAGGCCACCGAACACGGAUCACUCGAAAGCUUCAUGCCGCACUUCGUCGGUGCAAGUCGCCUCUUCGGGUAUUCCGCCGAUCGGUCCGUAUCCAGCUUCCGCCACCUUCGUGGGAUACCCGACGCCCGGACCGACGAUGCCGACGCCGCAGCCUGUAUCCGGUAUAUCGCCGACGUCGGAAAACAAACACUCGUCCACGGUGUCUCUGUUGCAAUUGAAGUCCUCGAAGGAAGAGAGCCAUCACGUGACGACGCACGACGUGACUUCCAAUUCUGUGUCACCUAACAAGAGUCCUACCGGCGGUCUACCGUCCGUCACCAGUCCCGAUUCCUCGAAACAGUACACGAUUCUGCAGCCCGCGGGAGUUGGCUCCAGAGCGGCGAGUGCGAUUCAAGAUAUUGCGAGGGAAGGGGUGGUUAGUGUCGCCGCUGUGACGAGCUGCACGACGGCGAACAACGGCAGUGCGAGCAACGUCAACACCGCGAACGCAAACGGCAAUGGAGUCGGCAAUAAAACAACUAACGGCAGUAAUGCUGCUAAUGACAGCAGCAGUGCUGCGAAUCUUGCCGGAAAUCCUAAUGCAAACAGUAUCGCCAGCAUAACCAUUACGACAGUGUCAACGACCACCACUACGUCCAGUCCGACAGUUGCCGCGGAUGUGCCGUCAGCAAGCGGCCAGCAGGACAAUGUCAUGAAAAUGCCAGAGAGACCUGGCGCCUUCGACAGUAGCAGGCCGGGAAUGUCAAUGUCUCCGUCCAGUCUUGGCAGAGAGGGCAACAAGUGCCCGACCCCAGGCUGCACGGGGCAGGGUCACGUGACCGGACUCUACUCUCACCACCGCAGUCUUUCUGGAUGUCCACAGAAGGAUAAAUUAACUCCAGAAAUUCUGGCGAUGCAUGAGACUAUAUUGAAAUGCCCGACGCCUGGUUGCAACGGCCGCGGUCAUGUCAGCUCCAACCGGAACACGCACAGGAGCCUGUCCGGAUGUCCCAUCGCCGCGGCCAAUAAGCAGGCCGCACGCGACGCACGACACAAGGCUCAAGUGCCAGGAAUACCACCAGAGUACAUCAGCACGAAUCUACUACCCCCAUCAAUGGACGCGAAAAGUUAUUCACAGUACGGCUCCACGACACAAGACACGAAGCCUGUGCUGAGCAGCCUGACCUACGAUUAUUAUACGUCGACGACGAAGAAUACCGGGAUUAACGCGAAGCCGCCGAAAACGCCGGAGGACAACAGCACGUCGCGUCCGGCAAAGGUACCUAAAACGGAGAACAUGACUCUCAGCAGCAGUUGUUGCAACACAUUAUCCAUGAGAAACCAAAACACGGGUGAGCUUCUGGUCCCCAAGACGGAAGACGCGGCGUCUUGUAGAGUGAACUCGCCGCCGCCGCCGCCGCCGCCCGCGGUGCGACAGACGUACGAUUCUUACAUGAGUCAAGACUCCAACUCCUCGUCCCUGUCCUCCAUGGACGCGAUGGGCUCGAGGCCAUCCAUAGGAGCGACGAUCCAUCAUCCUAGUCAGCACCCGACGCAUCAUGUCCUGCCGAUGCAACCAGUUGCCUAUCCAAUGCCGAUGGAGGACACCAGAAUGAGCCAUCAGAUGUCUCAGAGGUCUCCUUAUGAGCCCACCGCUAUGAUGGCCGCGGCGGCGGCCGCAGCGGCUGCCGCAACCACCACGGAGGAGCUUUAUCAUCACAGAUCGGCUGAGCACGCGAGGGCGUACAUGCAUCCCGGAGCUAGCAAUAUCGCGCGGCCAGUGGUGACAUACUCGAAUGAUAUCGCGGCUGGCAGAGGCUACGAGAACGCGGUGGUCAGCGCAGCGAAUCAUCGACCUUACGAUCCUGGUACCACCGCGACUUACGAGAGAUACGACACGCAGUCGUGCGGGCCUAUUCCGUCGCAGCAACAGCAGCAGCAGCAGCAGCAGCAGCAGCAGCAGCAACAGCAGCAGCAGCAACAGCAACAGCAGCAGCAGCUUCACUCGAGAGCAAAUAUGUAUUAUCUCGGACAAACCGGCAUGACACCGGAAGAGCAGGAGCGAGUUUAUCAUCAAGAAGCUGCGGCCGCGCAGCAGCAUCAGAUGGCAAUGGCCGCAGCCACGGCAGCCGGAAUGAUAAAGACCGAAGAUGUGAAAUGCGUUACGGUCGCGCAGAUGCAGCAGAUGCAAAAGCCUGGUGGACCGCCUACUUCACCCGGAGGAUCGGUGAUGGAUUUGUCUACCUCCAGUGUUACUUCUACAAGUCCGCAGGCACCUCCCUACGGUUCGAACAGUCUCAGUCCGCAAUAUGGAGGAGGACAAACGGUAGGAAGUAGCCCUCAAGCUGCUGCAAGCCCCCACUUGACGGCUAGUCCUCAAGUUCCUAGUCCCCAAGGCCAGACUCUCGACCUUAGCGUCAACAGGCUUCAUAGCGGUGCGCCCAGUCCGCAAUAUUCCACUGGCCACGGGGAAGCUGUCGCGGUUCCAGUCGGUCCGGGUUUCCCCGCGCCACGACCUAUCGAAGAGCAGACCGAGCCCGUUGACUUUUCAACGGCGAACGAGCCGGUGAAUUUCAGCGGGGGUCCGGGGAUCAGACCUGUGCCCGGGUUUCCGCCGCCUGGUGUGCACGUCACGGCGUACAGUCGCGAGAGCACGCCCGACAGCGGGGGCUCCCACUACAUGGACGCCUACCGAGAUCCCACUGGUUACGGACCCAUGAGUCCUCAUCCAGGAUAUGGGAUGACUGGCGUUCAACCCGAAUAUCCGGGAAACACCUAUACCCCUUACCCCACUGCAGGUUACAACUGCGGUGGAACUUAUCCGGGUGGCCCAGUGACUUCCGGUUAUCAGAUUCCAGCGGGUUAUACCCCGGCACCGUGCUACAGCAUGCCACCCCCGCAGCACACGGUCGGACCCCUCGAUAAACCGUCCGGCAAGGACGACAGCCUCUCCGGAUGCCCGCGAGCCGAUCGCUCGCAAAUCCAGGCGCAUUCCCAGGAGCUCAAGUGUCCUACGCCGGGAUGCGACGGUUCUGGACAUGUCACGGGAAAUUACUCGUCGCACAGAAGUUUGUCCGGCUGUCCACGUGCCAACAAGCCAAAGAGUAAACCUCGAGACGGUCAAGAUUCUGAGCCCUUGAGAUGUCCAAUCCCGGGUUGCGACGGAUCCGGCCAUGCCACUGGCAAAUUCUUGUCGCACCGCAGUGCAUCUGGGUGCCCAAUUGCAAAUAGAAAUAAGAUGCGAGUGUUGGAGUCCGGCGGUACCGUCGAGCAGCACAAGGCGGCAGUAGCCGCUGCAACGGCCAUGAAAUUCGAGGGUGUGAAUUGCCCGACGCCUGGAUGCGACGGACUCGGUCACAUAAACGGCUCUUUCCAUAGCCAUAGGUCCUUGUCGGGCUGUCCGAUAGCCAGCCACACCGUAAAGAAACCGAAACCGGAGGAUAAUAUGAGCAUGUACAGCAGAGGAAUCACCGGGUUGGAAGCCGGUGGUCCGGCUCACGGGGGUGCGGUAGGCACGGGUCAGGGUAACUCGAGCGGUGGCGGGACCGCCGGUGCUCAGAGCGAGGAUCUCUAUACACUGGAGGCUGAGAUCACUGAGCUCCAGAGAGAAAACGCCCGGGUCGAAUCGCAGGUCCUGCGCCUGCGUUCGGAUAUUACCGCCAUGGAAAAUCAGCUCAAGCAAGGAGAAAAGGAAACAUCGACGAUAUCCACACGCAACAAUAAUCUGACGGAAUACUAUCAGUCUCUGCGCGACAACAUGAUCACUCUGCUAGAGCAAGUGCGAAUACCGAACGCCCCGGGCGGGCCGCAAGAGAAAAUAGGCCACGAGAACUUCGACAGUUAUCUGACGAAGCUGCAGACUCUGUGCACCGCCGACGGCUACUGCGCCGACGAGAGCAACCGGCCAAUCUACGAGACGGUGAAGACCGCUCUGCAGGACUUCACAGUUCUGCCGACACCCAUCUGAGACCAUCCUUAAAGAUCAACGAUCGGGUACUGAGCGUCGCUCGGGGCUCACGCGACCAAGCGAUUCGACGUAUUCAUGACACGGAUCGCAAUCAAUUCUCUCGCAUGCUAAACGCGAGAGGAUAGUGCUCAGUCCCUAGAGAGGACUGCGUCGAUCGUGAUCGAGCUCCGCGGAUCGGCCUACCACCUCAGAGAAGUCCGAAUGACGCGUGAUUCAUCUGGAUGUUGCGGCGAGUCAGCCGUGAGUCACACAUCGUCGUUCGCGUGAUUUUCGGACUGCGUCACGAACUGCGACGUCAACCGCACUCCCGCAAUCAUGUGCGCAAUCGGGUAACGACGUCAGUGAAAGUCGUCAUGGCCGGUCGAGCGCACCGACCGGCGUGUUGGCUGUUAGUAAACGCUAUAAAAACGGCAUCUAACUGGAUGACGGCUCCAUGAGCAUCUAUCCGAGCUAAGCUUAAGGGACUAUACUACGAUUAUAUGAAAGACGACGUUGCUCAUAGCGAUAUCUUUUGUACAUAAUGAAUCUGCAUCAAGAGUAUCACGAUCGACGGCGGCCGCUACCGCCACGUACAUGUACAUACACAUAAAGAAAAAAUGAAAAAAACGAAAGGACAUACAUUUAUAUAUUAUUCGACAGGUUGAUGGUUGCUGCUCUAAGUCAUGUAAAAAAAUAAUUAAUUUAGCUCUAUAUCGGAUUCUUGCCGCACUUACCGCUGUGUAACUGUUAUUACCGUUUAAGCGAUCAGCGCGCGAUUUGUGAGGACCGUGUCUCGUGUCCGUCAAUGACGCUUUUGCUGAGAAACCAAAGGCUACUUAUAAACCAAUUUAUCGGCUAACCAUUUAUCAGCUAGUCACUAUUAUUAUUAUUACUACUACUAUUAUUAUUACUACUACUGUAACUGUUACAACCAGCCGGAUCGUUUUUAGUCACUAAUCCAAUCGUCAUUAUUGCUACCGCUACUCUUACUACUGUGGAUAAAAUAUAGUCACGAGUAUACCAACGUAUUUAUAUAUAAUAUUAAGUCAAAACGAGAGAAAGGUGCGACGCGUUGUCCAUAGGCUGUAUGUACAUAGUCACAGAGAUAUACAAUUAUUAUAAGGGCAUGAAUCGCUAGCGUUAACGAGCUGCAGUUUUGGCGGGAGGAUGAGAGAGAGAGAGAGAGAGAGAGAGAGAGAGAGAGAGAGAAAGAGAUGCUCGCGAAAUCGCGUGAUCUCUUCAUUAACAAUUAUCAAUCGUGAACACGAUGCACUGUCGAAUUUAUGGCUAUCCGAGAAGGGAGAAUCGAGAUUGAUCGAGUCUCAAUUGUUCCGCUAAAGAUACAAAGAAGGAUCGAGCUUCGCGUUCCUUCCGGAUCGAUGCGGCUAAUUCGAUCGAAAAAUAUUCGUUCGUAUGUGCAAUAAUUUCAGAAUGUGUCGCAUUCUCUCCUGUACAUUCGCGAUCACUUACCGCACCGUGAAACACAUGUACAUUUGAAUCAAUGCGGUUGUUAUUGUUUCGUUGAUCUAUUUGUGUUUUUAUUUAUUACAUAUUUGUUUAGCAGUUUAGAUUGAGAAACGGGAAAAUACAAGAUCAUGUAAAUAUCGAAAAUCUGACUUUAAGUCAUUCCCACUUCUCGUUAAAACUGCAUUAGAGUAUUAUUAUUAAUAUUAAAUUUGGCAAAAUUUUUGAUUUCUUCGCUAAUUAACUUUUUACAUCUUAUGUGUAAAACGAUCGAUCGACAUAGAUGCAAAAAUCUUAAUGUUAUUAAUAUAGUACGAUAUAAUACAGGAGAAACAAAAGCAACUUGGUUAUAAAUUAAUAUUUUGAAAUAAAUGUUUGCGUCAUGUGUAAUUAAUAUUAAUUAUGUUACUGGAAAAAAUGCUCAAUGUAAUAUAAUAUAUCGAAUAUAAUGUUUUAAUGUCCUAUGUUCUGAACCGUUAUCAAGAGUACAGAUUGAUGAUGUUAAGACCAUUGUAUAAAAUAGCAGACAUGUCGAUCAAAUUUUCAGUAAUUGGCGACAUUAUUUGAAAAUUAUAUUUAAUUUUCUACAACUAUGGGUGCGAGGUAAUGUAUAUAAAAAAAAGAAAGAGGGAAACAGUUACGAAAAACUCAAUCGUUCGCCUGAGAGGCUGAUGUAUGAGACGAGAGAGAUGCGGGCAGAUGAAGUAAAUAUACUUUAACCAACCACCGUGUAGUGAGAGUAAUAACAAAUUAAAGAUAGCGAUAGUCGACCGACAAUUAUGAAUAAUCUUGACGUUAUAAUUAUUCUCGUCACUAUCAUUAUCAUUGUAAUUACGGUUAUCAUUGUCACUAUCGCCAAAGUAAUUCUUUUACUUCGAGUUAACGCGAUUGGCGAGUAAAAAGAAGGGGACGUGGAUGAGGGAAAGAUAGAUAAUCAAAUCUACAGUCACGUUUUGACUUUCCUACCUCCCGUUCCGUUGCAAUACGAUUAAUAUACUCUGCGAUAUUCAUUACUAGUAUCAUCAUUAUCGUCAUUACCUACUAGUCAUGAUUAUUAUUGUUAAUACUAUUUAUUAAUAUUAUUAUUUUUAUUAUUAUUGUCAGCAUUAUUGUUUCUUUGUGAUUACUAUCGAUUUAUUGUCGCUAUUGCCGUUAUGUUUUUUGUCAUAAUUGCGAUUAUGAUUGUUGCCGUUAAUAAAAAUCUAACAGGUAUAUAAGUUCAAUAACAUGCUUUAAGUAAGUAUAAAUGUUACUCCGAUUGAAUAAAAGGUAUUUAUCGAUGAA